UUCGUGUAAGCAGACCAGAGGGUACUAUCGCAUGCGUAUCGGACGGAACAAGAGAAGAAACGCGGGUUUGAUGGUAUGGACUUAUUCGGUUAUUCUAGUAGGAUUUCGGGGUCUGUAUACCCUAGGAAACUUAGCAAUCUUAGAUUUUGGUUAUCUUGGAAGUGAUAAACUCGACGACGUGAAUAAUGAGACGUCGGACCAACCAACAUUCCGUGGUCUAUCAUGAACCGAUUGAAUGUUUCUGUUUUAACCCCACACAAUCGUAUCUUCCAAUGAGCCAGGGCCAGCUGUCCUGUUACCUAUCCCGUCUGCUUUGUCAGCCCAGCUGAGCUUCGAGACUUGGCGUUCUAGGUAUCAACAUCGUGUUUAUAUCUACGUUUACAUUUCCAAGAAAUCACUGCGCGGAAAAGCGACCUCAAAUUAAUUCAUCGAAAAGCUGAGUUUCCCAAAGGAUGCCUGUCACGACGAGACCGUCCCCUUCUAAGAUGGGGAAGAAUAAGGACUACGAGACCGCAUUCCACGCAGAUGCUAGGACAGUGUUCGACAUUGUCACCAACGAUUGCCAUAGUCCCUAUGAGAAGGACCCACGGUGGCCCCAACCAAUUCCACGUUCAUCAUGGUAUGUCGACGACACCGGCUUCCGUGGAUUCAAGGUCCUCGCAUCUUCGACCCUAAGGAGGCUACUAAGGGUACCGUAUCUAGUUAUCCGACCUGACGAUGUCUGGCAAGCUAGCGUAACACUGCUGGGAACUCGGCAAGACUGGGAAUUGCUCGCAAGCCGGGUUGACAGGUUACAUAAAUAUGGCGAGGAGUGUGAGCACUGGGCUACUCUGCUGCGACCGGUCAUGCGCUAUAUGCUGAAAACCUUUGACGAGCCAGACUCGCAGGAGGUCAAGAAUUUCUGGCUUCGCGUUGCGUAUGAGGCAGGUAUUGAGGGUUCAAUCCCGGGCAUUCGGACGGUAUCUGGUUGGAUUACAGCUUUUGCGUAUUUCGAUGGCGAGGGAAAGGCCGCGAGAGAUUACAAAGAGGACUAUAUUCGUCAAAUAUAUGAGAAGAUGAGCGACUCGCCGCCAGAGCGCAAACGGCUAAUACUAGACGGAGUGUUGUAUCCACUGAUUAGGUUUUCGGAGAUUCCAAGGGGCAUCGUUCUACUCCCUAUCACGAUAGACGACCUGGAGGCGGGCGUAAAAAGAUUCGCCACGGCCGUAUCAGGAACUAUUGGUAUGUCAAUCUCGGAGAAUGGAACAACCUCUCAACCAUUCUCGGCGUGGUGGGUUGUACAAGAAUUUAAAGAACCGCUUAGAUCGCCGGUGGCCGUUAAGGCUGGGGAUUCCGUUAAGGACUUAACUACUAAGAGAACCUCAAACACCUUCUUGGACUCGUGGAUAUCCUGGAUUGUUGGAAGUGGAUCGGGAUCUCGACGACGAAACUCUUCCAUGAGUAAAGCUGAAUUGACUGUUGAUUGUUUGCGUGGCUUCUUAAGGGGGGUUGCAGGCAUUCCUCCAUCAGAAAGUCCGUAAAGAGUACCUCCAGAGGGCUCUAUUUCUUUUUUGAACUCACCAAAAAUCAACUCAACUUCUCCUUAUGCAACUGACAACUACUAAAAAGAAUAUGUGGCGAUGAUGAUCUCAAGCAUUGGUGUGGUUCGAAAAUGGUUCGCAACUUGAAUGGAUGACGGUUGUGUACCCAGGUACAAGUUAUUAUCAUAUGGCCAUGUGAGUGGACUAUGCAACAGGUUGGCAUAAUCUGCUCAAAUGUGCUCCCAUUCUAAGAUUAAGUACCUUAGCAAACAACUUUAUACGGAAAAGUACCAGAAACUAAAAAAGUGUAUACUCUGAUAAUCAAUGCACGGUCCAAUGAAGUGGCACAGGAAAUACAGAUUAGCGUAGUACAAAGAUAAAUAGAUGGCAGGAUGGUUCG